AUGGGUGACAAACAUCCCAUAACAAUUUUUACCGAUCAGAAUCAAGCAAUGACAAGAGUCAUCGCAGAAUGUCUCCCACAAACACGUCACAGAUUAUGUCAAUGGCAUAUCUACAAGAAACUGUCUUCCAAAGUACACUGUGGAGUGCGUACUAAAAGCGUCUGUGGUCUUUUCUAUAAAUGCAUGAGCAACUGUGAUUCUGAUGAGGAGUUUGAAGAAAUGGGGUCCUUAAUGAUUGAGUUGGGAGAACUACAAAGCAAUGUCUGGUUAGAUAAAAUGUACAGUAUAAGGCAUAGAUGGUUAACAACAUUUAAUAAAGAUAUAUUCGGUAUGAGAAUCUUAUCAAAACAGAGAAGUGAGUCAACCAAUAAUGUAUGUCAUGGAGUUGCACAGCCAACUAGCUCUUUCACGGAUUGCUUUAUCGGUCUUAAAAUCAUAAUUAAAUCAUGGCGCCGGAACGAGAAAGAUGAAGAUUUCAAACGCAGUCAGUCCGUCAGAACACUCAUAGUUAAAAUCAAUCUCGUGCUGAGGCAAGUUGCCUCAUUCUAUAAAAGAAACAUUUACUCAAUGUUUGAACAAGAGCUAUUGAAUGGAUUAUGUGGGUUUACAGCUGAAGUAUCAAGAUUGGAUGAUGAGGGGACAAGGCUGCCCUUGAAUGUGUUAGUUGAUAAAGUUACUUGUGAGGUUACAUGUAGUUGCAAAAAAUUUGAGAUGAUGGGAAUGGAACAAGAAGCAGCAACUAGUCGUCAAGUUGUUGAUGCAUUCGAGGAAAGUUUGACAAAUUGUCUUACUCAG